AUGACGAACCCGAUGAGAAACUUCAGCCUGCGCAAUGUUAACACAAGCAAACCGCAACUUGCCCGGACAGAAUCUCAACAAUCCGUGGCUGCAUCAGACGACUACUAUUCAUUCUCAGACCGUGCUCCUUCUAGUCCUGAGAGUCUAGCAACAAUCAUGCGAUUCAGGACUCCAGACUCUCAUGCACCAUCACCCGCCAUGUCGCAGAUAAAUCUUGCCCAAGAAGAUCGCGAGUCUCAACGCCCACCAACAUCCAGCACAGUCCGGUUCGUAGAAGACAGACCGGGUCACAUCAGCCCCAUAUCCGACGGGUCAAGAUCAAACGAGGCUUCUCACAGAUCUCCCAGUGACUACCCGGGACCAGCUCCAACUCCAGGCUUGGACGAUUCACCAUACGUCCGGUUUGCAAUCGAUCAGCUCACCCAGGACAGAGCUCGGGGUGUCCAAAGGACAGACUCUAUUUCCACCACGACGACAAGUGAUUAUCCAUCUGAUAGACUUGUAUGGGACGAGGGACUUGGUUAUUUCACCCGCACACGCACCCCCAUUCGCCAUGACACGCCUCCAGUGAGACCAUCGUAUACAUCUCCUUCACCACAGGCUUUGCCGCAAAGGCCAAUGUCAGUGGAUCCCGAGUCCUUCAUGGCCGUUGAUGCGCCGGAGCAGAGCUUGUUGUACCCCCCCUUGGACUAUUUGCCGCUUGUUCUUCGGCCCUGGGCUUUGGCGCUCACAAUAUUUUGCUGUCUAGCCAUGAUAGCGGCUAUAGUGUUUUGCAAUGUUUGGUCCCGUGGUGAGAAUGGAUUAUGGAACUACCUGCGUCAAGGUGACUCGAGGUAUUUUGUGCUUCAGUUUCUACCACAGAUUGCUGCCGCGCCCAUUAUAAUCUGGUCAUUUGUCAUUCAGGCUGCGGUAUAUCGCAUAGCACCUUUUUCAAUGAUGUCAGCGGAGCGAAAGGAAGGCCUGGUAGUGAAUCGUCUGCCUAUCCUCUCAAAAAACUUCAUCCUCCCCGACUUCUCCCAUUUCCGACAUGGCGAGGCUUUGUUUGGAUUCUCUCUGUUCACAAUUUGGCUUUCAAACUUCUUCGCCAUCCCUCUUCUCAGCUGUCUUUUCCAGGCAAAGUACUAUACCAUAGACGGAGAAGGUGUCUGGAGAUGGGCUUCUGUUCAACCGAUUGGCUGGACAUUGGUGGGAUUAUAUGGUGCCUUGACCCUAGGUCUGAUGAUGCUCUUCGUCCGUUUCCUUCGUGGCCGGUCUGGCUUGAUGUGGGAUCCCGUCAGCCUAGCAGAUUUGGUCUCGAUCAUUCAACGGUCAAACAUUCUCCACGAUUUUGAGCACUCUGAGACAGUCCCCUCAGUUCAAGAAUCACUUGAUCCCCGAAUCCUUCGACUGGGCUACUGGAAACUCUCAAGUAAGACCGAGGUCUUCUACGGAAUCGGCGAAGUAGAUGCUCCCGUACGCACCCCAUCUCUCCACCAGACUGGCAAAAGCCGAGAGAACCAACCAAACGGACUUGCCAAGGUUUGCUUUGAUCUUGAGAACAACGGUGGACUCGCCAAUGACCCAAAUGAACACCACCUAUACUCGCCGAUCGCACGUUAUCGCUGGACACCUUGGUUCCUUCGCAAAAUCCCAGUAUUUAUUUGGAUUAUCAUUGUCUUCGCCCUCUUCGCCGCUUUUGUCGCCGUUAGCUUUAUCAACAACGCCAUCGUCAGCGGCUUUCCUCCCAGGCUUCCAACACUCCCAUCGACGACCGCAUUCUCCUCCUCUAAUUUCGUUUACAGCUUCAUCCCCGCAUUAAUCGGCAACGUCCUCUUCCUCGCCUGGCAACCCGUCGACGUAUACUUCCGAGCUCUCCAGCCAUACGCCGAGCUCUCCUCCCCCAGUGGCGCAUCUGCCGAACGGAGCAUUCUACUCUCCUACCCAUCCUCUUACCCAUUCCAAGUCACCAUCCAGGCCGUCAUCAACCGCCACUUUAAGGUUGCAUUCAUCUCUGUCAUGAGUCUGCUAUCCCUCGGCAUCCCCAUUCUCGCCGGUGGCGUGUUCAUCGCCCUCUGGUUCCCCUCCCACGACGACAUCCGCAUUGCUACCUUUUUGCCCGCAUUCUACGCUUUAAUUGGCUUCUGUGGCCUAUAUGCCAUAUCUUUCGUGGCAAUCUGGCCUGGCCGUCGUCGCUAUCUCCCCCACGACAUCACUACAUUGGCUGAUCUGAUGAGCUAUCUUUAUCAGUCGCCUCUUCUGUCCGAUAAAAUCCUGCGCGAGCCCAGAAGCAAAACCGACCUCGUCACUCGUCUUAUUGUUGCUCCGCCCUCGGAGCGCCAGAUGCCUUUGUACGGCUUUGGCAUCUAUGUCGGUCGUGAUGGUAAGGAGCAUCUUGGUAUUGAUCGCUUCCAUCGCCCUGGCCGCACUGAUAUGCUCAUUACCACGGGUAAUAUGAAAUAG